AUGCAGGGCUUCUUCAAGUUUGGACUCUUGGCAGCUGCUGCCACGCUUGGUCGUGCUGCGUUCCGUGAGGGAUGCGCUGAUGCAGCUUGGGACUCGACCACAGACUACUUCCUGACCAAGUUUGAGGGCGAUGACUUGCCCUUUUUCCCAACGUACAACAACACCUAUGUCGCAAUCAAGAACCGGCAGCAUAGGUAUGUCGUGCUUCACUGCACAAAGGAGGCUCCUCCGAGGUCCAUUGUUGGAGAUGAUGCCUUGAUCGUCCAGGUUCCUGUCAAGAACGUGGCAGCCCUGGAUGGCUUCUCUCAGAACAUGAUUGAGAUGCUCGGGUUGUCCACGACGAUCAAGCGAACUGGUGUAUACGCGGACGUGACCAGCUCCUGCAUCCGUGGCAAUAUGAUGGACAAGGUGGCGUACGACGAUGACAACUGGGACAAGGCCGAGGAAGUCGAUGUCACAUUCUACGGUGACACGAAGAACUCUGACAGCAAAAAGGUCCUCAUCUACAACACAGGAUUGUAUGCUCCACUGACCCAAUUGGCUUACAUCAAGUUUGUCUCCAUGUUCUACGGUCUUGAGGAGCUCGGCGCCAAGAUUUACGACGAAAUCGCUUCCAACUACCGCUGCGCUGCCGCCAAUGUCCAGCAGGCGAUUCUUGCCGGUGACUACCCCAAGGGUGCCUUCAUCUCUCCCGUGGAGAAGGAUGGCGACAAGUUUACAGUCUUUCAGAGUGCCUGGUGGAGCACACUUCUCUCCGAUGCCGGAUCUCGCCUUGUCAAUGUCUCUGCAGAUGGACAAGCCGCGGCCCAGGGCAAGACCACGCCUGGCUUUGUUUCCAUCAGCGCGAACAGCGACGCCAAUGACUUUGCCAGAAACACCUGGGCAAUCAUUGACACCACCCAGUACGACCAGAUUCCCGGCAAGCAAGCCCCCAAGGAGGCUCCCUCUGCCGUGCGUGUCACUGCGGAUACCUACUCGGCUCGCUCGGGUGCUUCAAAGAACAUUUAUGCUGUAGCAAACAAGAACGUUUACCUUUCUGACAAGGCGUCUAACCGCAACCAGCGCCACAACUUCUUUGACCGCGGCCGUGCUCGUCCGGACCUUGUGAUUCGGGACGUGAUUUCCAUUGUGUCGCCGAAACUGAUCCCCUCGUAUACAAACAACUUUAUCCGCCCAGCCUCGAAUCCCGAUGACACCAUUGCUCUUCGCAGGUACAAGAAUACCUGCGCGGUCCAGGGCAAAGAGAUUGAGACGCUCAACAUGACGUCGUGCGCCAUGCCCGGAUGGGUGACUGGAUUCAACUCGUCUGGUAUCUCGCCCAACGCAUAUGGCCGCACCGAUGAUGUGGAGUCUCUUGCUGUCACAUCAAAGAGCAGCGGUGGUCUCAGUGCCGGAAAGAAGGCCGGUAUUGCCGUUGGCUCCAUUGUUGGAUUCCUUCUUGUAGCUGCGGCCGUGGUCUUUGGCAUCUUCAAGUGGCGCCGCGCCGCUGCCGCCAAGCAGAAGAAGGAGCGCGAGAUGCACCAGGUCGAAAAGGGUUCCAUCACGAGCGAGUGA